CUCCUGCGAGUCGGAAGCGCCCCGCGCCCCCGCCCCCUUGGCCGCCGCGCCGCGCCGCGCUCGUCGUCCGAGGCCAGGGCAGGGCGAGCCGAACCUCCGCAGCCACCGCCAAGUUCGGCCGCGCCGCCGGGGCUGCUGUCGCCCGCACCAUGUCCGCGGCCGCCUACAUGGACUUCGUGGCUGCCCAGUGUCUGGUUUCUAUUUCGAACCGCGCUGCGGUGCCGGAGCAUGGGGGCGCUCCGGACGCCGAGCGACUGCGACUCCCUGAGCGCGAGGUGACCAAGGAGCACGGCGACCCGGGGGACACCUGGAAGGAUUACUGCACGCUGGUCACCAUCGCCAAGAGCUUGUUGGACCUGAACAAGUACCGACCCAUCCAGACCCCCUCGGUGUGCAGCGACAGUCUGGAGAGUCCGGAUGAGGAUAUGGGAUCCGACAGCGACGUGACCACCGAAUCUGGGUCGAGUCCUUCUCACAGCCCGGAGGAGAGACAGGAUCCUGGCGGCGCGCCCAGCCCGCUCUCCCUCCUCCACCCUGGAGUGGCUGCGAAGGGGAAACACGCCUCCGAAAAGAGGCACAAGUGCCCCUACAGUGGCUGUGGGAAAGUCUAUGGAAAAUCCUCCCAUCUCAAAGCCCAUUACAGAGUGCAUACAGGUGAGCGGCCCUUCCCCUGCACGUGGCCAGACUGCCUUAAAAAGUUCUCGCGCUCGGACGAGCUGACGCGCCACUACCGGACGCACACGGGCGAGAAGCAGUUCCGCUGCCCGCUGUGCGAGAAGCGCUUCAUGAGGAGCGACCACCUCACCAAGCACGCGCGGCGCCACACCGAGUUCCACCCCAGUAUGAUCAAGCGCUCGAAAAAGGCGCUGGCCCACCCCUUGUGAGCGGCGGCGCGCGCCCGCCGGACCCAACCGCGCCGGCGCCCGGGGACACGGCUGGCCGCCAGGGGG